GACAUAAAUUACAUCCACAUCCAAUUUGAUCUAAGUAAUUCAUAUAAGUAGCUAGCUAGCCUAGCCCUGAAAGCUUUGAGAAACUCAAUCAUGUCAGAGUUUAGGCAAGACCUGCAUCAAGAAAGGGGCUUGAAUAUAGAAGUCCUAACCCAGUUCUCUAAUAUGACAGAGAGCAUGUUAGAGGGUGGCUUGGAGAACUUAUUGGGCUACCAUUUCCAGUUACCAGAAAGUACAACUCCCAGCUCACUAUCCAAUUUUCCUUGUGUUACCUUACUGAAAUGUCAGAACGAGUUUCCGAUAACUCGAACCGGUCUACUGGUAGAUAACGCUCAAGAAACCAUGAAGAGAAAAGCAAAACAAGAAUCGGAAAGCAACUCAGGAGCGCUUUGUGCAGCCAGGCCUUUGAAAAACUUGGGAGGAGGAAGGAAAAGAAGGAACUGUGAGAAAGAACAGGAAAAGCCUGCAGAAGUAGUUCAUGUUAGAGCAAAACGAGGUCAAGCUACAGAUAGUCACAGUUUAGCAGAAAGGGUGAGAAGAGAGAAAAUCAACAACAAAUUAAAAUGCUUGCAAAACCUUAUUCCAGGAUGUCACAAGUCAAUGGGUAUGGCAAUGGUGUUGGAUGAGACAAUCAAUUAUGUUCAUUCACUACAGAAUCAGGUUGAGUUUCUUUCAAUGGAGCUUGCAGCUGCAUGUUCCUCUUUAGGCAUAAAUUUUGGCACGGGAGCUAUCAGAAAAGCUUAGGGAACAAGAUCACAUGAGGAACAGGCGACAGAGAAAUAGAUGAGGAAAUGAUAAAGAGAGCACAGUUGCUUCCACUUCAGUAAGCCCUUUUGACUGCAAAUGGGGCAUUUGAUAUCUCUAGGCAAACAAGAUAGUGUUUUCUCACAAGUCCACAAAAUGUCGAAAACAAAUCUAUCAGAGAGUGAUGUAUCAAUUUUACAUCCUACUGUAAAUUGCAUAAAGCAAAACAGGGCAACCAAUUACCUAAUAUUGGCUAUGUCUGGUGUGAUUUUGUUAUCCUGUCUGCAAAUCAUGUCUACUUUUUUAGAC